UGUUCAAAAGAAAGGACAGCCCCGAAAGCCGGUCGUCCGCAUUUAAAAAACCCCAAAAAAUUAUAUCGCUUCCUCUCACCCUCUCAAAAAAUCAAUUCACCCGCGUAAUCAAAAAAUUCCCCCGAAUUUUCAUCCCCGAAAAAACAAGAGCCCUGGAAGUUGGCAGUUGUAACCGAGUUAGCGCCAUGCCCCCAACAAAAUCCGCCAUUUUACGUUUAACUUGAGUAAUGACGUAGCCCCCAUUGGGUGUGUGUACCCCAAUUCCACAAUAAUUCCAUUCGUUCCUCUAACCAACCGCCAUUACCCCGUAGCAAUCAGUGUCGAUUGACCCCGAAAAGAGGCCCCAAAUAUCCUCAAAAUAAGGUGAAAAUAAUCUCUAAAUGACGGGCGUUGGUAAAAAUUUCGAGUAUAACCCAUAAAAAUUUCCCUCGAGUCAUCAAAUAACCUCACGGAGUUGAGCUUAACCGGGGUGGGGGGAGAGUGAGUGAGCCCUAGAGAGAGAGAGAGAGAGAGAGAGAGAGAGAGAGAGAGAGAGAGAGAAAGACAGUGCGUGUGAAGAAAAAAGGAGCCGAGGGGACACGCGAGACGGGCGCUGGAAAUUGCGAAAAAAAGUUUCCUGACUAAAUUCUAAAACUCCAUUUUGUGUUGUGCGACAGUGAUAGGAAGUAUCCAAGAGUUCAGUGAUUGUACUGAGGUGGGAGAGGUGAGUGGAAGGUGAAAAACAACGGGUCAAACGGGUUGUAUUAUUUUGUUGAGUUAAAGCCGUUGAGUAAUCGUGUGAGAGAAAAAGGUGAAAAAAAAAAAUGAGCGAAGAGAGUUCUCCCCGUACCCUCUAUGUGGGUAAUCUAGAUAUAUCAGUGCACGAGGAGUUAUUGUGCACUCUAUUUUCACAAAUAGGUGCUAUCCAGGGAUGUAAAAUAAUACGUGAGCCUGGUAAUGAUCCAUAUGCCUUCCUUGAAUUUAAAAGUCAUCAGUGUGCAGCAACGGCACUCGCCGCCAUGAAUAAGAGACAAUUUCUCGAUAAAGAGAUGAAGGUUAACUGGGCAACUAGUCCCGGUAAUCAGCCAAAACUUGACACAAGCAAUCAUCAUCACAUAUUUGUGGGUGAUUUGUCACCUGAAAUUGAGACACAAACACUGAGGGAGGCAUUUGCACCCUUUGGAGAGAUAAGUAAUUGUCGUAUUGUACGGGAUCCACAGACACUUAAGAGUAAGGGAUAUGCGUUUGUGUCGUUUGUUAAAAAAACUGAGGCUGAGGCUGCUAUAUCUGCUAUGAAUGGUCAGUGGUUGGGGUCACGUAGCAUCAGGACAAAUUGGUCGACGAGAAAACCACCACCACCCAGGAGUGAGAGACCUAGGCAUGCUAAUAACAGCAAGCAAAACUACGAGGAGGUAUAUGCCCAGAGUAGUCCAACCAAUUGCACAGUCUACUGCGGUGGCUUCACAAAUGGCAUAACGGAUGACUUGAUAAGCAAAACAUUCUCACAAUUCGGUACAAUUCAGGAUAUUAGAGUAUUCAAGGAUAAGGGUUACGCUUUUAUUAAAUUCACGACUAAAGAGGCGGCGACACACGCCAUCGAGGUUACCCACAACACAGAAAUAAAUGGUAGUAUUGUCAAGUGUUUUUGGGGUAAGGAGAAUGGCGAUCCCAACAGCGUUGGACCCAAUGCCAAUCAGCAAGCUCAGCAGGUGACAUGCGUCGCAGGCCAGUACUCGUAUGGUUACGGCCAGCAGAUGUACUGGUACCCGCAGGGCUACUCCCAAAUGCAAGGACAAUUUCUCCAGCCUGCCCAGUACUAUAGCCAGUAUUAUGGCCAGCAACAAGCUCAGUACAUGAAUGCAGGCAUGAGAAUGCAAGCACCAGGUGGUGGUACUUGGCAGCCAGGACAAGCAACAGCACCACCUCAAGCUGGUUCAGCUCCCAUUCAACCUGGCCAACAACCUACAAUGGUGACAUACACGAUGCCCAAUUAUCCCACGCAAUGAAAUACGUGAGACCAAUUUCAAUAAAGUAAAGAUAAUACGAAAACAAACAAAAAAAAAAAGAUUGAAACGUGUGGAAAUGAAAAAUAAUACAGACUAUUUCGACCAUGGGGACUUCUUCAGAGCGUGAAAUCAUCGAUAAAAUGUCAUUUUUUCGGGGAAAAUUAACGAAAAGACAUUUGACUUUUUCUUGAAUAAUUAAAGACUAAUCCUGAACUCUUUAUUUUACCAAUUUUUCAUGUUUUUUUUCUCUUUUUUUUUCUUUUUUGUCAAAAAUUUUGACAUGUUCAGGUCUCAUCGUCGAUGGAUAUAUUUUUCUUUUCCUGUUGAAUAUUGUAGUAGACGCACGUUUGAUUGAUACGUAAAUUUGUAAAUUUCCUCGGAUUAAUCCUAUUUUAUACACAACUAGUUUUCGAACGAAUGAAAAACCAUUGUUACUGUUUCUAAUUAGUGUCUUCCACAUAAUUGUACUAUUUCUAGGGUUCGACUGAAUUUCCCACUGUUCACAAUAGUUGAUAGUUUGAUAAACAGACGUUUGUACAUAAAAUUAUUUCCGAAACUAUUGAAAUUAAUUGAUAAAAUCCAUCGACGAUGUGGAAAAACGAAGAACUCCCCAACGAAAAAUGAAAAAAAAAAAUGCAAGAGAUGAAUUUUGAAGAGUGAAGAAUGCAAGGGUGAGUGAAUCGAAUGAACGCAUACGACGAGGAAAAAGGCGAAAAAGAGAGAGAGAGAGAGAGAGAGAGAGAGAGA